AUGUCGGUGGCGGCGCUUCACACGAAUAGUGACACCUUCAAUCGCCGGCAGGCUCUCGAGCGCUCGAGCAUGCCGCCUCGUCGGUUCCUCGAUCGAGGUCUUGACCCGAUUCUGGCUGCAUCUCGCAAUACUGAACUGGUGCAACGAUUAAGAUUUUUCGUGGAUGCAUUCGGACGACCUGGGCAGGUUGCACUCCAUAGUUGGAUCUCGGUGUCGGAGGCAAAACGUACACAAGUCGGCCUGAUUGCCCUCUUUGGCGUCGUGUUCACGGUCUGGAACCUGAAGUCGGCCCGCACCUUGGCCGUCAAGUACCUCUGGCAAUCGCCGCUGCAGUCGAGGACUGUCACCUUGCUGACGUCUGUCUUUGCCCACAAGACCCUUUCUCACUUGGCAUUCAAUUCCGUUGCCCUUUUCACGAUUGGCUCGAGCUGCUCGGCAUGCUUCGAUCGAAUGGACUGUGCCUUACCUCGCUCAACUUCGAGAUAUGAGUACAUAGCGUUUUUCACAACUGGUGAGCCCCGCUUGCAACUGAGGCCCAAGCCGCGCUAACCAUGUGUGGGCAUGCCAGCGGGAAUAUUCGCAUCUCUUGCAUCACGGCUCUACUCUUUGACGUUUCUGCUUCGUCGAUCAUCAGUCCUGCUGCCCUCACUUGGAGCGAGUGGCGCAAUCUGGGGCUGUUUUGUGGUCACAGCACUGGCGUUCCCGCAGGUGAGUUCGUGAAGGUUGGCCUGUUAUCAAGCCUCAGAAUGCUGAUAGCGCUACUGUAUCUGCUAAGGCCUCUGUCGCUCUAAUAUUCAUGCCGUUUGUGCCAGUUCCAAUCGGCAGUGCUUGUUGCGCGAUGCUGGUCGUGGACGUUUUAGGCGUUAUUCGAGGAUGGCAGAUAUUCGAUCACGUCGCACACCUUGGAGGAGCCUUAUUCGGGCUGUUAUACUACGUCAAAGGGCACGCAUUAUUUGAGCAGCUUCGACAAUCUCUACUUGGCCCAUAG